UAAACCGUAUCCCUCCCCUCGUCGCAAAGCUUCCGAUCCUCCCAAGUCGCCAUCGCCACUCGCAACGCAAGAUCAUGGUGCGCGCGCUCUCCUCCUUCUACCACGCUCUGCUGCUCGUCGUGGCCGCGCUGGUCGGGCCGCACCCGGCGACGGCGCAGAGCGUGCCCGUCCGCGUCGGGGUGAUCCUGGACUGGUCGUCGCCGGCGUCGUCGGCGGUGUCGCUGAGGCGACGGACGGGGAUCCAGAUGGCGGUACAAGACUUCUACGCGGCGCACCCGGGGUCGGCCACCAGGGUGGAGCUCCACUUCAGGGACUCCGCCGGGGACGUCGUCGGCGCCGCUUCCGCCGCGGUGGACCUGAUCAAGAACGUACAAGUACAGGCCAUCAUCGGGCCCAAGACGUCACCGGAGGCGGAGUUCGUGGCCCACCUCGGCAGCCGCGCCCAUGUCCCCGUGCUCUCAUACUCCGCCACCUCCCCGUCCCUCUCCCCGGCACAGACGCCCUACUUCAUGCGCACCGCCGCCAAUGACUCCUUCCAGGCCACCCCCAUCGCCGCCGUCCUCGCAAGCUUCGGGUGGCGCGCCGUGACCGUCCUGCACGAGGACUCCCCAUACGGCACCGGCAUCCUUCCGGCGCUCGCCAACGCGCUCCAGAGCGUAGGCAGCGCGGGGAUCCUGGACCGCGUGCCCGUGCCGACCGGCGCAGACGCGGACGCCCUUGACGCAAUCCUAUACCGCCUCAGGACACAGCCGACGCGAGUGUUCGUCGUGCACGCGACGCAUGAGCUCGCCGUGCGGCUGUUCCGGCGGGCGAGUAAGGCCGGGAUGAUGUCUGACGGCUACGCCUGGGUUGCCACCGACAGCGUAGGGAGCUUCCUGGACAGGUUCGACCCCAAGGACCUCGACUCCAUGCAGGGCGUCGUCAGCCUCCGGCCUCAAGUGCAGUUCACGAACCAAGUCAAGAACUUCUCUGCGCGGUUCAGGGCGAGGUUCCGGAGGGAGCACCCGGCCUCCGACGAUGAGGUCCUCAACGACGCGACCGUGGUGAGGCUCUGGUCGUACGACACGGCGUGGGCGAUCGCUGCGGCGGCCGAGACGGCAAGUGUCUCCGGCCCAGCAUUUCGGACACCGCAGAAUAGCACGGCACGUACAGACCUGGACCGGCUCGGCGUGUCGGCCACCGGAGCGGCGCUUCUCAGGGCGGUGCUCAACACGACUUUCGACGGGAUGGCAGGCAGGUUCAAGCUGGUGGACGGGCAGCUGCAGGUGGCGGCGUACGAGGUGGUGAACAUCAUUGGGAACGGCGUCAUGACGGUAGGGUUGUGGACGCCAGAGUCCGGCAUCUCGCGGGACCUUAAAGUCGGCAGCGGCAAUGCUGCGCGGCAGUUGAAACCCAUCCUCUGGCCGGGCGAGGUGUUGUCCCCGCCGAGAGGCUGGACGGCGUCGCAGGACGGGCGCGUGCUCAAUGUCACUGUGCCGGUGAAGCACGGGUUCAAGGAGUUCGUGGACGUCGUCUGGGAGAAGAACUUGACGACGCCGAAGAUCACUGGGUACUGCAUCGACGUGUUCGACGCGGUGAUGAAGAAUCUGCCCUACCCGGUAAGCUACCACUACGUGCCUUACAACGACAGCUCGGAGUCGUACGAGAUGCUGGUGGACCAGGUGAGCGGCGGGGAGGACGAUAUUGCGGUGGGGGACGUGACGAUCAGAGCGAGUAGGAUGGACAAGGUGGAAUUCACCAUGCCGUUCACGGAGUCUGGGUGGGCGAUGGUGGUGGCGACGCGGCCGGACAGGAGCGCCAGCAUGUGGAUCUUCCUGCAGCCGCUCACCACCAGCCUCUGGCUCGCCAGCCUCGCCUUCUUCUGCUUCACCGGCUUCGUGGUGUGGGUCAUCGAGCACCGUGUCAACCCGGAGUUCCGGGGCACGCCGUCGCAGCAGUUCGGCCUCAUCUUCUACUUCUCCUUCUCCACCCUCGUCUUCGCACACAAGGAGAAGCUGGAGAGCAACCUGUCGAGGUUCGUGGUGAUCAUAUGGGUGUUCGUGGUGCUGAUCCUGACGUCGAGCUACACGGCGAGCCUGACGUCGAUGCUGACGGUGCAGCAGCUCCAGCCGACGGUGACCGACGUGAAGGAGCUCCAGAGGCGCGGCCACUACAUCGGGUACCAGGAGGGGAGCUUCAUCGAGCCCUUCCUCACAAAGAUAGGCUUCGACGAGAGGAAGAUGAAAAAAUACAGUUCGGCGGAGCAGUACGCCGACGCGCUGUCGAAGGGCUCGGCGAAAGGCGGCGUGGACGCGGUGUUCGACGAGAUCCCGUACCUGAAGCUGUUCCUGUCGCACCACUGCGACGGGUUGUACAUGCAGGUGGGGCCCGUGUACAAGACGGACGGCUUCGGGUUCGUGUUCCCGAGGGGGUCGCCCAUGGCGGGGGACGUGUCGCGGGAGAUCCUGAGGCUGGCGGAGGGCGACCAGAUGGCGCAGAUCGAGAAGAAGUAUUUCGGCGAGCCAGGCACCUGCCAGAACGCGCUGGGCGGCAUCGGGGGCGCGGGCUCGUCGAACCUCAGCUUCCAGAGCUUCGGAGGGCUGUUCCUCAUCACCGGCGUCGUCUCCAGCCUCAUGCUGCUGCUCUACCUCACCAUCUUCGCGUACCGCGAGCGCGAGGAGCUCCGGGAGGCGGAGGCGAAGGCUGAGGCGGAGGCCGGCUCCGGGAGCGUGUCCGUGCGGAGGCUGCGCGCCUGGAUGCAGCACUUCGACAGGAGGGACCUCAAGUCCCCCACCUUCAAGACGUGGAACGACGGGUCCGUCGGGAACGGCGGCAGCUACUUCGCGGGCAGGACCAGUGACGGUGGCGCCGCCGACGCGAGUAUGACGCCGAGGGCCGCUGGGGAGGAACACGCCAUGGGAGGGACGAGCCCGCUGAGCGUGUACAUCAGCUCCGAGAUGAACGCCGGCUCUUCGCCGGAGGGGACGCCGGCAUCGGAGAUCAGUGAGUCUUUCGAGCAGAGGAUGGAGGGGGCAGCAGCCUCCUUCGAGGUGACGAGGCCAACGACCUCUCAGAUAGUAAUCAUCUAAGCAAAAAGUAUGACGUGGCAAUUAAUAAAUGAAAA